AUGGGAAGGAAAAGAAAACAUACAGAUGCUGCUGACGAUACCAAAGCACAUUUGCCGCCAUGUCGAGUCUGUGAUGCUCCAGGAGCAGGUUUUCAUUAUGGAGCUAACACCUGCGAAGCUUGCAAGGGAAGCCAGUACAAAUGUGAUGGUCAGUAUUGUUGUGUCAUCGAGCAUGGGCAUCAGAAACUGUGCCAGUACUGCAGAUACCAGAAAUGCUUGUUGGUCGGCAUGGCCAAGGAAGCAAUCAAAACUGGCAGAUACACAUCAAUCAAACGAACAAAUGACAUUCUGGAAAUUAAGAAACUGCAAGAAAAGACCAAGAAAAAAUCAGCCAACCCAUCCCCACACAGACAGACCGAAUCUCUGGCAAACUUGCCUGUUUUCAGUAGUGACAUUGAUUCUGAAACCUCCCUGGGCUGUGAGAAUCAAAGUGACCAGUGUCCAGUUUUGUUUACAGAUACACUAGGUGAUUUUUCAGUAGCAUCUGUGACUGAGAUAAAAACCGAACUGCCAGACUGCUACAUUGGUCCAGAAAAUGCAGAUGCUGUUGUGAAUGUUAGUCGAAGGGCACAUAUUGACAGCAGAUGCCAGAUGUUAGCAGAAGCUGAGAGUCAAAGAGCCAAAGUGUAUACAAGUACUGUCAACUUGCUACAAACUGGCAGCGCCUCACACGUAUCCACACUGCCAGACAUUGAGUACUUGUUUUCAAUGAGUCCUCAAGACAGCAGUGAUGUUACGCUGAAACUGCAACAGAAGCACAAUGAUCAGCUGUCUUUAGAAUUGUCUCCUUUAUCCCUGACUUCACCCUAUGGAUCCCCAUCAGGCAGCACCAUGAAACCAUCACCUAGUAUACUGACAGAUGUUGCAUCAUCUUUACUGUCGCUGUCAACAGCAGUUGCUUAUUCUCCUGGCUACCCACCAGCAUCAUUAACAACAGAGCAUUCAACAUCAUCUACAACAUGUGUGACUACCCCAUCAGUACCACUCACAUCUCCUGGUGCUGAGACCAUCUCAUCUCCAUCGUCGUCCCUCGCUUGUGGGUUAUCAUCGUCAUCUCACUCAAACUUAGAUAUAGAAAUGUAUAUUUCCAACUCCCCGAGUUCUUUGACUGAUUCUGCCUACGAUGUUAGAGAGUACAGCGUAUCUGAGAUGUAUCAAGACAAAGACAGGGUUGUCAGAAUUCUGCUAGAAGGAGAUGAGAACUUUGUGGUUCCUCUUGCUGGUAGAAUGACACAGGAGGAGAUUAAAAGACAACAACAAGAGCACUUUGAGGCCUGUAGGCUGCAGAGAGAGAUGUUUGGGCAGCUGCGCAGGUUGCCUGACCAUGAGUAUGACUAUAUUUUUGCAACCACCGGCCUGGACACAGACGACAGGCAGAAACGGUUGCGAAUAAUGGGGGCAGGUUUGGAGAAGGUCAUACGAGCAAUGGUCAAGUUUUGCAAGGUCAUCCCUGGAUUUUCAAGACUGGACAUCAGUGACAAAGUCAGGCUAAUCAAAUAUUCCCGGCAGGAGUUCUGUCUCUUUACUAUUUACAAGUUUAUUGACGCUGAAAAGAAAAUCAUGCGGGGAUUGGACAACCAGUGGAAAUGUGAGAACGAUAUCUCUAGGAUGAGUACAACUGAUUCUGAUUCGCGUGUGUUCAUGGAAAACUUAGAUCUGCAUUUCCGAUUUUGUGACAGUUUGCAGAAUCUUCAGCUGACAGAUGAGGAGCUGGUGGUGAUUAGAGCAAUUAUCAUUAUGGCACCAGAUCGCAGCCCCCAUACUGAUUCUCCAACAGUCAGGGACAUCUACUGGCAGUUAAAUGAAUGCCUUAUUCAUGUGCUGUCAAGGAGAUACACCAACGCCCUAAUUAUCUACGCUAAAAUAAUCAGUAAGCUGACAGAGGCACGCAGUCAGACUGAAACGAUGCUGCGUUUCUUCAAAAGGCUUAAAAUUGAGAAGUAUUCUAAUGUGAUGAACAAUCCACUGUUGAGAGAAAUGUGUUCUGGUAUAUUCUUUGAUGAGAAAGAUGAUGAUAUCAUUACAGUUGGCAGCUGA